AUGUAUCAUGAUCACCGAAGUCGAGACUUACGACUUCACUUCCCAACAUUAUCUUACACCGUUUAUGCCGACAACCAACGCAUCCUUUGCAUCAACACCACCUCUUCCCAAACGCUCUCCAAGUGGCUUACCAACCUCCUCAAGUCCACUCCCAAAAGCACCUCGGUCAUCGUGGGCGUAACCGCUGAGCACCAAUUUACCAAGUACACCAAGCGCGGCGUCAAGGACCACGGCUACGACUUCAUCUCCCUCUGCGUUGGCUCUCACUGCCUCCUCUACCCUCUUCUCCAACAAGCCGACUCUUACAAAGCGAAGCAAAACCCUAGGCCCCUCUACGACUUCUUCGCCAACCCUAGCGUUAUCGCGGUGGGAAUGGAGAUCGAAAAGGUGAAGGCAAAGCUGGAGAAGCACCACGGGAUCGAGCUGAAGAAGGCGUUGGACCUUAGGACGAUGGCAGUGGAAGGGAUGAAGGAGGUAGGGAAGAAGGUAGAUCUGUGGCGGUACAAUCUUGACAAGUUGGCGGAGACAGUGCUGAGGAAGCACUUUGACGUGGUGAGGCCGGAAGAGAAGCUGGACUGGUACGAUGAAGAAAGUUCGUGCUGUUAUUACAAUGUGUAUACGGAUGAGAAGACAAUGUUCAUCACCAUUGAUACUUAUCUUUGCUACCUCAUUGGUUUCGAGCUGCAUGGUAUGAUCCAUGGACAUGAAGCGGGUAAGAGUCAAGAUUCUAGUAAAUCCAAGAAGAAGAAAGAAAGAGUCUCAGAAUGGAAGGCGGUGUACAACAGCCUUCAAUCAAAGCUUGCAAGCGAUUCUCAUCUUAAAGGUUACUAUCAGGCACUGUCAGAAAGCUAUCAGGAUCUAAGUUACCACCUCAAGUCAUGUCUCUUGUACUUUGGCCUUUUUCCCGAGCAAUACGCAAUCAAGAUCAAUUUGUGGAUAGCUGAAGGAUUUGUAGAGUGCAGAGAGCACCAAAGUCAACGAGAAGUUGGAGAAGAGUACUUAGCUGAGCUCAUUGCUAGGAGCUUGGUUAAGGUAGCUUAUGUGAACACUUACGGCAGAGUUAGAAAGUGUAGAGUUCAUGAUUUGAUGCAUGACUUCAUUGUGAAGAAAUGUGAAGAGUUCAACUUCUGCCAAGUGAAGAAAGGUAACCCGUUUUAUUUUGAUAAAUGGAGUAGACGUUUAUCAAUUGGCACAAAUGUUGACUUUGUUGAUCUGAGAACAAGUGCUGAUAGAAACCAAUGUAGCUUGUUGCGUUCUUUCCUUCUUUACAAUAAUGAGAAGAAAAUGAUAAGCACUUUUGUGAACUCACUUUUCUCUAAAUUCAAGCUCUUGGUAACACUGGACUUUGAAAACAUACGACUUGGUCAUCUUCCAGAAACAAUUUAUACCAACAUUGAGAGCAUCCCCAAAUCCAUCGGAAAGCUCCGAAACCUGGAGACUCUUGACCUAAAAUGGACCAAUGUGAGUGAUCUUCCGGUGGAGAUUUACUCACUUACAAAGCUGUGUUAUCUUAAUGUGUAUACGAAAGCGUGGGAAGGUGUGAAAUUAAAGAGAGGGAUUGCAAAUUUAACGGCCCUACAAAAAUUAGCCUUGGUUGAUGCAAGUGAUAAUGUUGGGGAACUGAAGAAUUUGAAGCAAUCGAGGAGUUUGAAGAUCAAAAAUGUUGUUGGAAAGGAUGGAAUGUGGUUGUGCAAUGCUAUAGAGAGCAUGAGCAACCUAUGCUCAUUGACGAUAAGUGCCAAAAACAAUGAAAUUCUUGAAUUGGAGUCAUUAACUAGUCCUCCUCCACACCUUGAGCGUCUUUACUUAGAAAAAAAGGUGCCAGAUUGGGUUUUUAUACUCAAAAAUCUAAUCAAGUUGGAGUUGGUAGGGUUUAAAUUCACACAAGACGAAUUGUGUCUUGUAGGGCGUUACUUGCCAGAGUUGAUGCUACUUUAUGUCCGCUCAUUCGAGGGUGAUGAAUUAAACAUUCAAGAAGGGUGGUUCGAAAAACUACAAGCACUCUACAUAUGGGCUCCAACAUUGAAAGCUAUUAGAAUAGAUGCAGGAUCACUGCCUUGCCUCCAACAUUUCUCCCUCCCACUUUGGCAUCGGAAUCCAGAAGCAGCACAAGUGCCAGAUCAUGUUCGGAAACUCAUGCCUAGAAACAGACAGAUACUGAGAAACAGAUACGCUGAGAGACAGAAACCAAGAGAUAGAGAUUGA